AUGGACCUUUCAAAAACGGCUUUCCGCCUGCAGGUGAAUGUUAAGGUGUUCUGCUUUUCUGUCUUCUUUUUCAAAAGCUCUCGCAGUCAGUCACAGAAAUCCCAACGCCGCCGCCAUCGCCGCUGCCGCUCUGGCUCAGAGAGCACCAAUUCCCUCACAGAGAGCUGUGGAAGCAGGUAAGAAUCUUACCUGGGAAUUUAUUUAUUUAUUUGUCUAAAACCCUGGAGAGCUGCUGCCAGUCAGUGCUGACAAUACUGAGCUAGAGGGACCAGCAGUCUAACUCAGUGCAAGGCAGCUUCCUGUCUACCUAUGUCUUAAGGCAUAGGAGGUUUUCAACCUUUCUGGGUCCACAACUCCCUGGACCAACCACAUUCUUCCUUCGACAUCCCUGUGGGGCUCAGGAGCCCUGUUAUGUCACCCCUUGCCUGCAGAGCUGGCAGCCUCUCACCCUUUUUCAAACACCCUCCCUUGUAGAGUGGUCACUCAGCCUCCUCUCCCAUCUCCUUGGGAGUCCUCCGGACGGCCACGGCUGCCAUCCUAGGUCUUUGAUCUGCCCCCCCCCCGCCCCAAAGAGAGGUGCCUCCUCACACUGCCCCACAGUGGCCUGCCCCACACUGCCCCACAGAGGCACCAUUCACCUGCGGAGCUUGUAGCCAGGGCUGCUGCAACAAACAGCUGUGCAAGCCUUUGGGAAGCAGAGACUUGAGAGGGCAUCAGAGGAGGGAGGGAAGGAAAGAGCAACAGAGGCUGGUAUUGCUGUCAGCACCCCUGACAAUCAUUCAAGGCACCCCAGGGUGCCACAGCACACUGGCUGAAAACCACUGUCUCAAGGAAAGGGCUAGUGGCACCUCUAUGUAAGUUUGGAAGAGAACCCUAUAUGAAAUCCUCUUUAUUCAAGGAGACAGUAUACAAUUCAGCAGGACGCGGGUGGCGCUGUGGGUUAAACCACAGAGCCUAAGACUUGCCGAUCAGAAGGUUGGCGGUUAGAAUCCCUGUGACGGGGUGAGUUCCCAUUGCUCGGUCCCUGCUCCUGCCAACCUAGCAGUUCAAAAGCAUGCCAGUGCAAGUAGAUAAAUAGGUACCGCUCCGGCGGGAAGGUAAGCGGCGUUUCCGUGCGCUGCUCUGGUUUACCAGAAGCGGCUUAGUCAUGCUGGCCACAUGACCCGAAAGCUAUACGCCGGCUCCCUCAGCCAAUAAAGUGAGAUGAGCGCCGCAACCCCAGUCGGCCACGACUGGACCUAAUGGUCAGGGUCUUAUACAAUUCAGCAACACUUCCCAGUAGGUCUUGUCCCUAUGGAGCAGUUUCCAGGACUGAAGGUCCCUGCUGUUAUGUUCUGAGUUGAAUAGGAUCCAAAAUGCAGCAGUCUGAUUGGUCCUAGACCGACAGGAUUCAGAAUGCAGCAGUCUGAUUGGUCCUAGAACAACAGGAUUCAGAAUGCAGCAGUCUGGUCCUAGAACAAUAGGAUCCAGAAUGCAGCAGUCUGAUUGGUCCACAGGAGUCACCCAAUCCAGCUCCAGGUGGAAGUGAAUCCGCAACCUGAUUGGCCUACAGGAGAAUCCCGGAAUUAGCCAAUCACGUGGGGCCCAUUGUGUAAAUAAUGUCUAUAAAGCAGACAUUCUGGGGGAACUUCCAUUCUUCCUCACCACUAUGAGCUGAAUAAAGAGCAUAAAAUCCACUCUUGAUUCCGAGUAUAUUUCACCUGCCUUCCACCCCUUCAAAGGCUCCUUCUCUCCCAGAGAUUUCACAAGCAAUCUCAAACUGUGUCUGCUCACCUCUAGCCUCUGUUCUGCUCUCCUCGUUAUUUUGCGUGUUCUGGGAGAUCAGCGGGAGGGGAGCUUGUCGCAGCAGGAAAGGGAGACUCCUUGGACUCAGCAGUCUCUUGACACCCCCCCCUCCACUUCAGCCUCGGAGUCUGAACUGCUCCCUGUCACAGGCUCCUCCUGCUCACUAAACCCUGUUUCCCUUUCGGCAUCCGGCACCUCCUCCCAAUCUUCUCCCUCUGACCUCUCCUCAGUGUCCCGCCACCAAUCCCCUGGCUCUGAACCUUCCUCCUCUGGGGGUUCCCUUGGGGGGUUCCCUGGCUAGCGCCUCCCACAAUUCUUCUUCGUCCUGAUGCUAUGAGGCAUCUUCCUAAGUAGGAGCCACCCCCCUUCUCCCUCCAGGCCGGGAGCCAGGUCACGGGAGGAAGGCCGCAAAGCAAGAUGGAAACACUCCCGGCAUUCCUUGAAGAGCCCUUGGAAGCCCGAUGGCACUACAGAGCUGACCACCACUCCUUUCCCCAGCUGCACCCCCCAGAACGAUGGCUUGCUUCCCUCCAUGGAAGCUGUAAGUAUCCCCCUAUCUGCUUUGCCCCUUGGUUUAAGGCCCCGAGGAUCCAUUAUGCAAUGUUUAUGACUCAAUUACAGGCAUGUUAUACUAAAAGUCGGUUUGAAGGCUUGAUGCAUUAUUAACGGCGUGGCUCUCUGAUGUAUGGAGAGCGUGCAGUUUUUUGCACAGAGGGUGGGGAGAAAGGGAGGGCGGAGGAUGGGACGGCGGGGGGGGGGGAUGGAGGACGAGAGAUUGCUUAGGCUGCAGCCCAUGAAUAAUACAGGGGAGACAUUUACCAAGGCAGUGGCCUCCAGCGAUGAUAUUUUACACGGGUGUCUCUGUAGCAUGCCUCUUCCGCUCCGUGGAUUUGCUGCCUCUUGCACCCAGGCAGUUCGGUCCUCGGAGGCACGCAAGAUUAAACCUGUUUUUUAAAAAGCAACAUUUGCAUUGAAUCGGGUGGGAGUGGAGGUGCAAGGGUGGCGAGAGACGAAGGGGGAUGCUGGAGGACUCUCGACAAACAGGCCCCGUGGCUGCUCCCAUGGAUGCUAAUAGACGCCUUGCGAGCAUCAGAGGAGAAAAUGGGCAGCCGGCUCCCGGGGGCAUCCUUCCUCUGAAUGCACAGACGUAACAGGGCUGGCUUGGGCACAGCAAUCACUGUGAGCUCAAGGCCGGGUUUGUUUGUGCUCAAGGCCUGCCUGGAUGCAUCUACUUCUGGCACCAAGGCUUGCCUUUUCUCCACCUCCAAGCCAGACAGAGGAGCUGCCAUGCAGUGUUAAUUUAAUGUGCCUGCUUUUUUGCUAGGAUCCCUUUUUUUUAUAUAAAGCAAGCAAACAAGCAUUCUUGUGUAGGUGUUAGAGUAGGAGUGGGGAACCCUCUUCAGCCAAGGGCCAUGUUUCCUUCUCGGCUACGCUCCAGGGGCCACAUGCUAAUAGUGGGUGGGGCCAGAUGUAAAAGCAGGCAGAGCAAUGGAUGUAAAUUUCAGUAGGUUGGUUUCUACACUCACACAAAACCCUCUCCUGUCCUCCAACCAGGUAAGCGAGAGGCAUUAUCAGACACAGAUCCAGCCAGGGAUGAUGAUUACUUGGGUGUGUGGGUGUGUGAUGCAGAGCUAGUGAGGGGUGUGGUCUAUGAAGAAGGGUGUGGUCCAAGGAGAUUCUCAAGGGCCAGGUGAGAGAGGUCUGGACAGCUGCAUUUGGACCCCAACAUCCGGAGACCCCCACUUCCCUAAAUCAAAGCAUUCAAGUGAAUGUGUAGGGAAUCUAGGUAAAGGCAAAGGGACCCCUGACCGUUAGGUCCAGUCGUGACCAACUCUGGGGUUGCGGCGCUCAUCUCGCUUUAUUGGCCGAGGGAGCCGGCGUACAGCUUCCGGGUCAUGUGGCCAGCAUGACUAAGCCGCUUCUGGCGAACCAGAGCAGGGCAUGGAAAUGCCAUUUACCUUCCCGCCGGAGCGGUACCUAUUUAUCUACUUGCACUUUGACAUGCUUUUGAACUGCUAGGUUGGCAGGAGCAGGGACCAAGCAACGGGAGCUCACCCCGUCACGGGGAUUCAAACUGCCGACCUUCUGAUCGGCAAGUCCUAGGCUCUGUGGUUUAACCCACAGCACCACCCACAUCCCAUGUAGGGAAUCUACAUGGCCUCAUACUCUCAAAGUGCAUACUCUCAAAAAUGUAUUUAUUUAUUUAGUGUGUGUGUGUGUGUGUGUGUGUGUGUAGCAUUUCAAACAAAUAUUGUUGCCCUACAUCAGGGCUGGCCCAUGACAUUCUGCUGCCUGAGGCAAAGGGCGAGAAGAUGCCACCCCCAUUCCUUGUACACCAACAGACUAGCCUUUAACACCAGUGACAGGAUAGCAUCCUUUAUCACACCUGAGGGCAGCAGGCACAGGGCAGGCCAUGUGGUGUACACAGCUCAAUAUUUUGCUGCCAUCCUACAGUAUAUGCCACCUGAGGUUGUCAUCUCAAACUACCCAAUGGCAGGGCCCAAAGUGGCUCACAUUAACAAGAGAGACGGGGACAGAGACAGAGAGAGGUGGGCCCUGCCCUCAGGCAUAGAAACUAAAAAGACUCAGAAGUAGGGAUGUAAGAGCGUUGCAACAAAACCAAAAAUGAGAGCGGAAAUUGCUGGUGUUUCCUUAUUUGUUCCAUGUCUGUAUUGGAAAUUGAUCCAGCAAAAACAAUCAGUAUUCAUUUUUGUUGUUGCUUUCAGUCUGCAAAUGAUAUAAUGGCAAAGUAACUUACGGAAUGUAUGUGACUGAUUUUGUACAUUGCAUACGUAAUUUUGCCACUGGGGACGACAGACAAAUAGCAUGGUUUUUAGCAGAAUAUGAACUGCAGCAAAAUGGAAACAGCGCUGUGUGUGAAAUCUGGGCACUUCUGCCCCCUAUGUGUAGAAGUUUCUCUGCAGUAGCUUCUCAUAGGUAGGUUUACAAGCAGAACCUUUGUACUUUGAAAGGGAUGCUAGAAGAAGGAAGCUGUGUUGCAUGAAAAGCACAGCCUUCUGUUUUAGGCGAUGUGUGCUGGAGACAGGGGAGGAAUUUGAUUCAGUUUGAAAUUAAAGGUGAAUCUGCAAUAGGAGAACUGAAAUGCAGCCAUCCUUCAGAAUUUGCGCCUCUCUGAAUUUUGCAAAGCCAAGUUCUCCAGUCAAGUGAUGUGUACAAAAAUGUAUAUUGAUGGUGCAAACCACACUUGGUGUGCAGGUCUGGUGGCCUCACUUCAAAAAAGGAUCUUCUAGAGUUGGGGCAGGUUCAGAUGAUCAAGGGGGUGGAGUGACCCCUCAAUGAGGAGAGGUUGAGAUGUAAGGGAUUUCUUCGUUUAGAGUGCAGGCGAGUAAAAGCUGACAUGACAGAAGUUUCUAAAUGAUGCAUGAUAUGGAGAAAUAGAGAAAAGUCUCUCAUAAUACUAGGACUCACGGGCAUCCACUGAAGCUGAAUGUUGGAAGGUUUGGGACAGGUAGAAGAAAUUGCGUCAGUGGUGGUCACCAACUUGGAUGGCUUCAAACGAGGAUUUGAUAAAUUUGUGAAGGCUAUCAAAAGCUACUAGCCGUGGCGGCUAUGCUCUGCCUGCAUGCUCACAGGGAGAAAUGCUUCUGAAUACCAGCUGCUGGAAACCAAAGGAAGGGAGAGUUGCUCUCGUGCUUGAAUCUGCUAGCAGACUUCUCAAGAGGCAUCUGGCUGCCCACUGGGAGAACAUGAUGCUGGUCUAGAUGGCCCAUUGGCCUGAUUCGACAAGCUCUUCUUAUUAUCUUAUGUUCUUAUGUUCAUAUCCUGGGAUAAAGUGUCCAUUAAAAAUUAUCUACCUAUUUUGCAGUAACACACAAAAAUUCAAUGUUUUAUGGGGACAUUGUUUUGCAAAAAAUAAAGUGUAUAUUAUGCAAAAUUGCAUUUUAAAAAUGAGCAUAUUAGGAUAAAUGUGCCCUUAAAUGUUGGUGAAUUUUCAUGAGGAUUUCUUUCUUUUUAAUGCAAGCUGAUGUGGAGAGCUGAAGAUUGGAAAAACGAGAAAUUGAAAGAGACAGAGUCACCUACUCCUAUUUAUGACUCACUCUGAACGUUUAACAUAGUUAACAUAUUGAGUAGCAGUUGAAAGAGGGGUCACCCACCUCUUUCAGUUAAUGAGCAGGUUUGGAUUUUUGAGCAAGUGCCUUGGGUGCCCCCCCUUCUGCUCACUUCCUUUCCUAAAUGAGCCACACACACAAAGCCACUUUCUCCUCCAGAGAGAGAUAGAAAGGGAGGGAGAGCACAAACCACUUUUUCCAGUGGAUCUUUGUAAACGUCAGAUCCAAUAGAAUUACCGUAUUUUUUGCUCUAUAAGAUGCACUUUUCCCCCUACAAAAAUUAAGGGGAAAUGUGUGUGUGUGUUAUGGAGCGAAUGCAGGCUCCAUGGCUUCAGCGAUAGCAACACGAAGCCUCCGAAGCGCAGUGGGAGCGCUCCCGUCGUGCUCCGGAGGCUUUGCGUUGCUUUUGCUAAGCCAGGAGAGCGCUCGGGAGGCUUCGAACCCUCUCGCUCUCCAGGCUUCAGGUUCCUUUCGCUGAAGCCAGGAGAGCAAGACACUCUCGGUUUCAGCGAAAGGAACCCAAAGCCUCAGGAGCGUGGCGGGAACUCCCACUGCGCUCCAGAGGCUUUGCGUUGCUUUUCCUGAAGGCUGGAAAGCGAGAGUGGUCGGUGCACACCGAUCCCUCUUGCUCUCCUGGCUUCGCUUUGCUGGAGAGGUGCUGCGCAGCUUUCCUUCUCUGCGCAGCACCCCUUCAGCGAAGUGGGAGGAGAAAUGGAAGGGGCUCUGUUUCACCUCCCCCUGCGCAGAGAGGGAGAGAAAUUUUUUUCUUGUUCUCCCCCUCUAAAACAAGGUGCGUCUUAUGGUCGGGUGCGUCCUAUAGAGCGAAAAAUACAGUAAGCUGAGCAUCAAAGGAGAGAAAGGCAACCAGCCUCCCCACUCUAUGACCAAGGGUUGUCUGUUCCUAAGGGUAGCCUUAGAGGAAAACUAUGGAGAUAGUUGCUGUUGCUAUACUUUGUCUGAACACUCAUUGUUAAGCAUUAUUAUUCCACUGCCCAUUAAAUUUAAUCAAGAUGCCUCCUGGGGAGGCUUGAUAGCAAAAGCACUAAUUGAGUUAAUUUUUUUAAAAAAAACACACACAAUUAAACUUGAGCUGCGGCAGGGGAAAGUUCAGAUCUAGGUCUGGACCGGGGAAAGUUGGCACGGCGCCCUCUAGAUACUUUGGGAACUCUUGUGAGCCCCAGCCAGCAUGACCAAUGUUCAGGGAUGAUGGGAGUUGUAGUCCACAGCAUUGGAAGGCUAACCCUGAUCUGGACAGCUUUGGCAUUCCAGCACACUGACAUGGCUUACUGUUGUCGACAUGUGGCCUACAAGCCCCGCACGGUUGCCUAGCAACAGCAGGCACCAGGAAACCACCUAUCGCUUUGAAUUUCCCACAGUGCUUUGGAACGGCUGAUGCAGCCAUCCUCUGGAACAUUGUGGGAACUUAAAAUUGCAGGCGGCUUCUCAAGAUUCUGAAUAAGCCUAUGGCCAGAUUAGCAGAUGGAGAAGGCUCUUCGCCAAACAGGAGGUCAUCUUAUUGUUGCUGUUUUUUACAGAUAUUGCAUGUAAGAUGAGGAGGAGGAUUAGGAGGAGCACUGCUGAUUCAAGGUGAAUGGCACAUCUAGUCUGGCAUUCUGUUCUCAUGGUGGGCAACCAGGUGACUUUUCUGAGAAGCCCAUAAACAGGACCUGAGCACAACAGUACUCUCCCUUGCUGUGGUUUCUGUGGGGAUGAUUAGGGAGGCAGGAGAGGAUAUAUUAAUGAUAUCCUUCCUAACUUGCGUUAGCAAGUUCCAUAUUCUAGCAGAAUUCCAAAUUUCCCCCUUUUAAAAUUACGUAGCGAUCAGCUUGUUGCUGACUCAUCUGAGUCUUACUGUUAAAGAUUCCUUCCUGGUAAAAUCCCUUCUAAUUCCUCUUAAAAAGAAUCAACACGUGAAUCUGAUUAACGUUAAUAUAAAAGUAGUUUACUCGCAGAUUCAUUCAGGUUCACAGAUAGGCAGGCUUAGGUUACAUAACAACUAGAACUAUUCCAUAAAGAAGUUAGUCCCAAGUGACUGCGACUAAGCAGUCACUUCUCCAAACACACAGCGACAUACAAAAUGGAGAACACACACUGAUCAGAACGUGGAGGCCAUGUGCUCCUCCAUGCUAGUACAACAGACCACACCCUCUUCAAGCCACAUGUGGUGGAAGUCUGUCCCAGCUCAGGAGGAAACAGGAAGUAUUCUCCUGAGUGGUACAAAACAUCCCCUGACAUGUCCACUGGAGGAAUGUUGUACUUGACUGCAGUUUUACAGUGAGGGGGGAAAGUAUUUGAUCCCCUGCUAAAUUUGCCUGGUGGCCACCUACAAGAAACGUCUCACCUCUGUAAUUGCCAACAAGGGUUUUGCCACCAAGUACUAAGUCAUCUUUUGCAAAGGGGUCAAAUAUUUAUUUCACUCAUUCUAAUGCACAUCAAUCUCUGACUUUUGUCUUCUGGGUUUCUGGGGGUUUUCCUCUUGUUAUUCUGUCUCUCACAGCUACAAUAAACCUACCAUUAAAAUUAUGGACUGGUCAUUUCUUCGUCAGAGGGCAAACGGGCAAAUUCAGCAGGGGAUCAAAUACUUUCCCCCCCCUCACUGUACAUCCCACAGUUUCCAGCACUGGGUAGUCAGAAGCACACUGCCUCCAAUAUGGUGGAGAGGGCUGUCGAUAGCUACUACCCACAAUGGCUAUGCUCUGCCUCUACAGUCGGAGGCAGCGAUGCUUCUGAAUGCCAGUUGCUGGGAACCACAGGAGGGGAGAGGGCUCUUGUGAUCGAAUCCUGCUUGCUGGUUUUCCACAGGCAUCUGGUCGGCCACCGUGAGCAAAGGAUGCUGGACUAGAUGGGCCAUUGGCCUGAUCCAGCGGGCUCUUCCAACUGUGGCCAGCAGCCAUCGAUAGCCAUAUCCUCCGUGGAUUUGCCGGCUCCUUUUCUGAAACCAACCAAGCUGGCGGCUGUCACUCACAUUUUGAUAAUAGAUGUGCACGCUUUCAGGGUGGGGUGGGAGUGUUGUAUGGGAGAGUAAAGGAAAGAACAGCCAAAGAGAAAUCUGGGACUUCAUGCAGAAAAUCUGUGGAUUUGUGCAGGCUCGUUCCGCCGCCAGGCACCUCCUGGAAGGGAAGGAUAUUCUGACUUUGAAGUUGGAGCUUUAAAACACAAGAAAGACCCCCCAGAAAGAGAGAGGUUUCUUAAGCGCGCUGCAAAAAUUGCUGGUUCCAUAUGGUUGAGAAAAUUGAUAGCAACGUCUCUCCAAGGAGGCAUUUAAAGCACACCAAAUAGGCUUGUUCAGUUUAAUUGGAAAAUUCGCUGCAAUUAUACUUUUGUAACCUAUUGGGCUACCCUGCUUCAUGAGCUAAGCAUUCGGCGGAAAUUGAAGCCCGAGGUACGAGCCUUUCUUUUCUCCUCCUCCCACUUCAAUUAAAUAAUGUUUUGACCCGACCAGAAAACUUGCAAACAGCCUGAUCCCAAAUAUAUUUAGUUAGAAGUUAAGUCCUGCAGAGUUCAAUGGGACUUUUGAUAAGAGUAAGUAGGCUUAGUGAAAUUUCCCCUGCAGGACUCUUGCCUAUCUCACAGACCCAUGGCCUGGCGGCAAAACGGUAACAGCAAUGUUCUCUUGACAGGAGAACCGAGCAAUCUCCAUCGUUUCACCUAGAUAGAGAUCUAAGCAAAGCGAUAUCAAACAAGGCACCCACCGUGAAAUUAACGCGUUUGAGAAUGAAUGGCAGAAGGUGUCUGCGCAGCAACUGUGGCACAUUGGUCUGAGGGUUAGUUCCCAGGCCCCACAUUAAAUGAGUAAAUAUUUCAGUUUGUUUAUAUGCAGAUAGUGUAGGGUAGCUGCUCUGAAACUUUUUCUUGGUUCCAUAAACUCAUCCCCCCGUUCCCCCUACCCUGACCUAUAAAAAGCAUCACAGUCGUAUCUUGGUUCUCAGAAUCCAUUCCAGAAGUCCGUUCGACUUCCAAAAUGUUCGGAAACCAAGGCGCGGCUUCCUAUUGGCUGCAGAAAGCUCCUGCAACCAAUAGGAAGCUGCGUAAGCUGCAUCGGAUGUUCAGCUUCCAAAAAUAGUUCACAAACCGGAACACUCACUACCAGGUUUGCAAUGUUUGGGAGCCAAAACAUUCAAGAACUAAGCUGCUUGAAAACCAAGGUAUGACUGUACUCAGAAUAGCAGUCUGCACAACCCACUAAAGAACGUAGGAGCCAACUCCCAGGGGCCGAGGUUUCUUCACCGCCGCCCCCAUAUAAUAUUUGAGGGGACCGGGGACCCCCAAAGUUGAUGGACAUUGCCAUUCAGAAGGUGGGCAUGUACCGCAUCUUGUGGAUUAUGCAGGGCAGAGCUUACCUGCCUCCUCCCCCAAUAUUUUAUUCAAGUUGGCACCCCUGCUAAGGAAGGUGAUAACACGACAAAAUUCAAAGCAAGUAGCCCUUAAUUGCACAUUUAUUCAAAAUCCAGUACGAACCAUUUGGUUUGAGUAAUUAGAGCCCUAAACGGCCUUAGCCCUGUAUACCUGAGGGAGCGUCUCCACCCCCACCGUUCAGCCCGGACACUGAGGUCCAGCUCCAAGGGCCUUCUGGCGGUUCCCUCACUACAAGAAGUGAGUUUACAGGGAACCAGGCAGAGACCCUGUGGAAUGCCCCUUCCCACCAGAUGUCAAGGAGAUAAAUAACCAUACAACUUUCAGAAGGCAUCUAAAGGCAGCCCUGUAUAGGGAAGUUUCUAAUGUUUGAUGUUUUCUCAUGUGUUUAUAUCUGUUGGAAGCCGCCCAGAGUGGCUGGGGCAACUCAGUCACGUAGGCUGAGUGCAAAUGAUAAAAUUAUUAUUAUGUGUUAUUAUUAAGUCAACAAAAUUAAUGUACUUCAUCCCAUAAUACCAGCUUUUCAAAGUCUGAUAGCCAUUUACACCUUCCCACUUGCCUCUUAGACCCCCUAGGUAAUCCCCCUCAAGGGAUGGUACCACCCACUUUAGGAACCCCUGUUUGAGGAUGUCCCCUGGUACAUUCCUCCUCACCUUGGCAAGGGUCUGUGGCAAAGGGCUUUGAGAACCACCCACCGCUUUAAUUACCCACAACGCCCCUGGUGUGACAUCAUUCUGGGGCACUGCAGGAAAUGCAAAUGACUGGCCCCAUUUUAGUUUUCAUUGCUCACAACGUCCUGGAGUAGCAACACGAUGACAGGGGUAUUGUGGGUAAUUAAAAUGCUGGAAAGAUUCCAUAUCCAGCCACCUGGCAGAUGGAACCCCCAAGGCCCUGACAGCUGCCCAAGGAUGCCAGGUGGAGAUAGGGGCACUGCCCCCACCAGACUCAAUCUCUGCUGCCUGUUUUUCCACUUACAACCACUCCAGGGGGCAGCCCUGGCUUUCAGCUUCCUCUCAGUCUUGCCCCUUGCAUAACUCAGUAGGGACGAGGAUGGGAAACCAGAAUCAGUUGGUUCUGCCUGUCAUUGGCUCUGGUGCCCUCUACUGUUGGACAGUGGCGGAGCUUCACGCUCCGGCACCGGGGUGAAGAGCAGCAGCAGCAGCAGCAGGAGAAGAGUUUGGAUUUGAUAUCCCACUUUAUCACUACCCGAAGGAGUCUCAAAGCGGCUAACAUUCUCCUUUCCCUUCCUCCCCCACAACAAACACUCUGUGAGGUGAGUGGGGCUGAGAGACUUCAGAGAAGUGUGACUAGCCCAAGGUCACCCAGCAGCUGCAUGUGGAGGAGCGGGGAAGCGAACCCGGUUCCCCAGAUUACGAAUCUACCGCUCUUAACCACUACACCACACUGGCUCUCAGGCAGGGGCGUGACUGGCAUGCAUCCCAGGGGUGUGGCACAUGUCCUGGGGGCAUGGCGUGCCACCCACAGGGGCGUGGCACAUGUCCUGGGGGCGUGGUGCCCAGCACAGGGGGAGGGCAACCACGAUGGCACCCCACCAGGAUCGUGGUGCCAGGGGCGGUACGCUCCCCCCACCCCUCUUCCUCCGCCAGUGCUGUGGGACUCCCUGCCUUAUUCCCCAGCAGUCUCAAUGGGCACCAGCUGUCACAUUCUGCCAGACAGCAAAAACAGUCCUGAGCUAGAUAAGGACUCGGUAUAAAGCAGCUUGCUUUGUGAGAUUUGGAGGUUGUUGUAGUUGUUUGCUACGUCUUGCAAUCUGCAUUGGGACAGUCUGCAGGGGAGGCUAGUAUGAGCUGCUCUAGAACCCAGGAACGUCUCCCCAUGGAUCUGAUGAUAUUGUGGGGAGCCACAAAGCAUCAAUGGGAGGAAGAGGUGUGUUUGUACUUUGUAGCCAGUGCCUAUGUCUUCCUUUUGGUCCUCACUAAAAAGCAAAGCGGGAAAUCUUCCUCUUUUUUUUACCAAAAAAAAAAAUUUCCGUUCUCCUUUUAACGAUUUUUUAAUUAUUAUUUUUUUUACGUGGGUCACCAUUAAAAGCCAAAGGUGAUGAUGUGAAUAGAUGCCAUAUAAAUCCCAGAUAAACUAGUGGCCAAAAGGAAAGAGCUCGAAAGGGAUUGUUUGGAGAGAGAGAGAGAACGAUGGCAAAGCUUGUUUAAAAUCGGACAAGACAAAAAAAACCAAAAACACCCAACACUUGAGUGGAGAGAGAUAGAGAGAGGGUUUGUGGAUUCUUCUUUUUUUUAAUCUUCUCUUGUAAUUUGAGACUCUAAUGAUGGACUUAUGAUGCCCACUCUUCCCUUUUUCUUACACCUUACCCUACUAAAGGAGGAAAUCUUGAUUGGUAAGUGGAUGAAAACCGCAAGAUGCUAGGACGUUUAUUACUAGAGGUCCCUCGAAAGUAUGAGCUGUACCAGGGGUGACUAACCUGUGGCCUCCUGGAUGUCGCAGGAAUGCACAUCCCAGCACCCUCCACCAUUGGCCAUUCUGGCUGCUGAGGAUUCUGGGAGAUGUAGUCCAGCAGCAUCUGGGAGUCCAUUGGUUCCCCAUUCCUGAGCUGUGCCUUCUAGGAGGGGGAAAAAACCAUACCAAGAGAUAUAUAUAUAUAUGUCUACCUUUUUUUCCCAGAGGGAGUUUUUGCUUUUUGUUUUCUUAAAGUUUUCUUUCAUUUUCUUCUUUUGAUUAUUGUUUCAAGGCAUUACAGUUUGCCUGCCAGAUUUCCUUUAUGUCAUUUCCUAAGAGAUUCCUUUUCUUUUAAAGUUUGUGAUAGACAUCCCAUCUCCUUGUCGAGAGUUGAUUGAUUGAUUGAUUGAUUGAUUGAUUUGAAAUGGAGAUCAAUCGCAAAAGGGCAAGACCCCAGCCAAAGUUAAGCUCUUCUACAGCUUGGCUCCAGGCAUGUUCCCUCAGGAAUUAAGUCUCACUCCUUUCAAUGGGACAUGCAAUUGAUCCAUAUCUAAUUGGGAUCGAGCCCCACUGCAUUUCAAAUGGGAUUUAAUCUCAUAUAAUGUGUACAGCAGCCUUCCUCAACCUGGUGCCUUCCAGAUGUUUUGAACUACAAUUCCCAUCAGUCCCAGGCAGUAUGUCCUUCCACUCCUUGAGGAAGGUGUGGUGUCUCAGAGGGGGUGAUCUGGUCCCUGGAGGCAAUGAAGGCUUCAAUUAAGUCCCAGACAUUCUUGGAGCAAGUAGCUCACUUGGAGCUUUCCAUGGUGCUGAAACCACUGGCCAGCCCAUAGUGCUGAAACUACUGGCCUGCCUUAUGUCCUUCCAGUAGGCUUCCAGUCAAAGUUAGGGCAAGACAGGACAUUUGUUUGUUAUUAGGGAUUGGGUGCCUGCCUGUGGCACUCCAGAUGUUGCUACUACAGCUCCCUUUAUCCCUGACAAUUUGCCAUGUUGGCUGGUGGGAGUUGUCGUCCAAAACAGGCUGGAGGACUUCCCAGGUUGGGGACUACUGGUGCAUAGGAUUGCCUCCUUAUACUCUGUUGAUUUCUUCAAGAAAGAACCUAUGCACGAUAAAUACCAUCCUUUGCCAACCUGGUGCCUUCCAGAUGUUCUGGCCUACUACUCCCAUCAGCCCCCACCAGCAGGGGGCAUCUGGAGGGAACCAGGUCAGCGAUGGCUGUUUAAGGCUCCCCUGCUGGAAUCAAUGGGAACUAGAAGUGCUUAAUUUUAGCUGGAUUAUGCUUGCAGGAUUCUGUUCUGUUCUGUUCUGUUUAAUUUCUAAGGCAUAUGUCUGUCCGUCUUUUUAAAGAUACUCCUUUUCUUUUUCAACCCCUUUGUUUUUAGAGAAGGCUUUGGUUUUAAGUCUGCUUUAUAUUUUUUUUAUUUGAUCUUUCAUUCAACAUUGAUUCGCAUGCCUAGGACUCUUUGCAUGAUGCCUUAAAAUCUUCCAAUUUAUAUCUGGGUGGGGAAAAAAGACAUUUCUUCUUUCUUUCAGGGAGAUGUGUUGUUUUGUUUUUUAUUCUUUCUUUCUUUCUUUGUUUCUUCCUUUCUCCUUCUUUCCUUCCUUUCUUUCUUUCCUUUGAUUACAGACUGUGCAUCAUGAUGGUUAAAAAGAAAAGAAAAGAAAAAAGGUUUAUUUGGAAAAAAAUAAAAUAAUGAUUGAGUGUAUAAAAUCAGACAAAACUUAAUGGGCUGAGGAAAAAUCUAUUUAAACGCUGGCCAAUGGCUUUUGUUUUGCUUGCAGAUUUCAAAGUCUGGGUGUCCUGCUGACCUCUUUAAAAAAGCAGAGGGUCGGGUUGGCAGGCUGGCCCAACAGAAUGGAGAACCCCACGAGUACGACUCAGGAAAUGAUACUUCUUCCCCUCCAUCCACCCAGACAAGUGCAUCCAGGUCAAACGGGGGCCCCAAACCACCAGGUGAUCAAGUCUGUGAUGGUUUCAGCCGGGCCUUCUCUUCCGGGAAGGUGAGCAGCGGGAGCAGUUCUGAUUCAGGAAAUUCCUUCACCAGCUGCUUCUCCCGGACUAAGGGGGCAACUUUAGACAAUCCAUCUCCAAGGGUUCGAGCCAAGGAUCAAAGGUGAGCAACCACCCUGAAAGUCUGAGCUCUGGAGCAACAGGAAGUUGCUGUAGCUCCUGAUAAUAUAAUAAUAAUUUAUUAUUUAUACCCCGGCCCAUCUGGCUGGGCUUCCCCAGCUACUCUGGGCGGCUUCCCAAAAAAUAUUAAAAUACUGUAAUACAUCAAACAUUAAAAGCUUCCCUAAACAGGGCUGCCUUCAGAUGUCUUGUAAAAGUCUGGUAGUUGUUGUUCUCUUUGACAUCUGGUGGGAGGGCGUUCCACAGGGAGGGUGCCACUACCAAGAAGGCCCUCUGCCUGGUUCCCUGUAACUUAGCUUCUCACAGUGAGGGAACCGCCAGAAGGCCCUCGGUGCUGGACCUCAGUGUCUGGGUAGAAUGAUGGGGGUGGAGACGCUUCUUCAGAUAUACUGGACUGAGGCCGUUUAGGGCUUUAAAGGUCAGCACCAACACUUUGAAUUGUGCUCGGAAAUGUACUGGGAUGACCACCAAACUAGAUUGCUCUAAAGGAGGAUUAGACAAAUUCAUGGCUGACAGGGGUUUCAGAGAGGGUUCUGCUGGGGAUUGAAACUGGGACCUUUUUCAUGCAAGGCAAAAGGGUCUCUGAUAGCAGUGAUGGGUAGAGUAGGCUGCUGCCAGUCAGAGUAGCUAGUAUAGAGUCAGAUGGAUGAAUAGCCUGACCUAGUAUAAGGCAGCUUUUCUGUGUUUCAAAUUGCAUCUUUUAAAGGGAGUGAAACUGGAGCAGAAACUGGUUUGCUGUACCAAGUUCCUGUAAGGCCAGAAUGCUGUUUUUGGGUGUGAAAUGUCCCUUUUCAGGAAAAGGCUUGAUGCAAUCUCCUGGGCACUCAGAAAAGAAAGUCUUGUUUUCACCCGUUCUUUUCUGGCUCGCCUCUUAGGUCAUGUGCACGGAAUGAUUCUACAUCCAGCAGGUCAUCUCCAGAGUCUAACCACUCCCAUUUAUUACAUCACAAGGCAGGAUCCCGGUCUUCACACAGCAGAUCCUGUUCAUCAGGGACAAGGUGAGGUAUUUUGGGGGGUCAUCUAUUGGCAGUACUGACUCUCUGGAACUCCCCUUUCCCCUGGAUAUUGUGAUAGGAAUUUUGAGGUCUUAGAUAUAUGGUAAUGUUCAUAACCACACGUACAUAGAUCAGCACAGGAAGACCGACCUGAAGCCAUUUUGAUUCCUAAACUGAGCAAAUGUUUUCUCUGCAAGGUCAAAGUGGAAAAGCCUCCCCAUUGUCUUUUCCUUCACAAAUCCUGUCUUAACGGUGUGUCUGUGUUUGAAUAGGGUGUGAGCCUGUGACAUGGCCCAGGAACUAAGUAUUUAUCACUACAAAAGAAUGGCCAGGCUCCCCAGGCAAUCCAAUCAAGUAACCUGCCAGACAGGAGAUAAAUAAAGACAAGAGAAAAACAUUUAAAUUUCUGUUUAGACCGCCUUUUCUGUGAUGUAGGUAUGAUGUAUCUGAGGGGUGGUCUUAGGUUACACCCAUUCUGUGAUGUAUGUAUGAUGUUUCUGGGGGUGGUCUUGAUCUACAGGGUGGCAAUUUCAAAAGUCUUUAUAAGGCCUUGCGAGCCAUUUUUCUGGGUCCCUCCUCUCUCCUGCGGGUGAGGGGAGCACCCUGUUGCAACAGAUCAAUAAAGAUCAAGCUUACUAGCUGCUUUGCUUCUCAGUAUUCUCUGGUUGGCCUCUGUUAUUCUCUCCUACCAAUAGGGAACCUAUGUAAGGACUCUAUAUGGGCUCUUAGAUACCCCAUAAGGGAAAAGGGCAAUUUUUGUUUACAACAAUAUCAGGGAGGCACCUUCACUCUUAUCAUUUUCAGGACCCGCCAAAGCAUUUUACAUUUAGAAAAGCCUAUCCUGAAACAUACUUUUAACGUGGAAUUUGAUUAUGUAUAUUUGUUUUGAAACUGCAGAGGCAUGUGUUUUUAUGCGAACUCGUUUUUUACAUUGGAAUUAUAUGCUGCUUGUUCAUCGAAGCUUCUAAGCAGCUUACAUAAAAUAUAAAUUUCAAAUUACCAAUCAUGUGGUUUUUUUAAAAAAAAGUAAACCUAAAAUGGAAUUCAAAAACAAAAUCAGCAGUUUUCACACAAAUAAAAUUACAUGUUUAAAUUUAUAUCAACUAUACAUAUCUGGGGAGGCUUGCUUUAAAAAGUUUUGAAACCGUAUAGAGGUUUUGGUUGAUUAAGUAGUAUUUUAAAAUGCAUGAUAUAAAUGUGUAUAUUAUUUAUGUAUUGUGUUUAUACCCCACCUUUUCCUCCAAGGAGCUCAGGGUGGUGCACAUGGUUCUCCAAGUCCCCAUUUUAUCUUUCCAACAACCUCAUGAGGUGGUUAGGUUGAGAGGCAGUGACUGGCCCCCAAGGUGCUUCACAUGGCUGAGUGGGAGGAUUCGAACCGGAGUCUCCCAGGUCCUAGUACGAUGCUCUAACCAUUGUGCCACACUGGUUGUCAUUCAUACCAGGCAGAAUGAGAGACUUGUGCCUCUCCAGAUGCUGCUAGACUACAACUCAGUUGGUCAGAGCGCCAAGGUUGCAGGAUCAAUCCCCCUAUGGGACAGCUGCAUAUUCCUGCAUGGCAGGGGGUUGGACCAGAUGAUCCUCAGCGUCCCUUCCAACUCUACGAUUCUAUGAUCUAUGAAACUCCCAACGUUUUUGACAGUGGGCCACGUUGGCAGGGGCUGAUGGGAGCUGAGGUCCGACAACAUCUACAGACACUGCAAGUGUCCCUAUUUUCCAGGGACAGUCCCAGAUUUACAGAAGCCAUCCUGGUUUCUGAUUUGAUCCUGGAAUGUCCCAUUUUUCCUUAGGACAGGCAUUGCCGAACUUGGCCCUCCAGCUGUUUUGGGACUACAAUUCCCAUCAUCCCUGGCCACUGGUCCUGUUAGCUAGGGGCGAUGAGAGUUGUAGUCCCAAAACAGCUGGAGAGCCAAGUUUGGCCAUGCUUGCCUUAGGAUGUCCCUAUUUUCAUUGGAUAAAUGUUGGAAGGUAUGGAGUUAUCCGACCCCUGAGCCAUCUGAAGGCAAUCCUGUAUAGGGAAGGGUUUUUUUAAAUGUUUAAUUUUUUAUUAUGUUUCUCUAUAUAUGUUGUGGUGCUGUGGGUUAAACCACAGAGCCUAGGACUUGCCGAUCAGAAGGUCGGCGGUUCGAAUCCCCGCAACGGGGUGAGCUCCCGUUGCUCGGUCCCUGCUCCUGCCAACUUAGCAGUUCGAAAGCAUGUCAAAGUGCAAAUAGAUGAAUAGGUACCGCUCCGGCGGGAAGGUAAACGGCGUUUCCGUGCGCUGCUCUGGUUCGCCAGAAGCGGCUUAGUCAUGCUGGCCACAUGACCCGGAAGCUGUUUGCGGACAAACGCCGGCUCCUUCGGCCAAUAAAGCGAGAUGAGCGCCGCAACCCCAGAGUCGUCCGCCACUGGACCUAAUGGUCAGGGGUCCCUUUACCUUUACCCAUAUAUGUUGGAAGCUACCCAGAGUGGCUGGGUCACUGAGAUGUGGGGGGUUUAAAUAGUAAAAUUAUCAUUAUGGAAUGGGAUGUCCCUAUUUUCAUCAGAUAAAUGUUGGAGGGUAUGCAUCUAGAGGACCAAAGGGUUCUCCACCCCUGAGCUCAACAGAAGCCUACACCAGGUAGCAAGACGUCUCUGUGAACCAGUUCUGUGGCCCUGUGUAACCACAACCUCAGCAAGACCACCUCCCAGUGCAUACGGCUUUUAUUGGGGGUUGAAUCUUGCGCCUCUUGCUCUUUCCCAUCAGCCUUAUAUUUCUCCCCUGUUUCCAGAUCCUAUUCACGUUCUCCUAGCUACUCACCCAAGUCCUGCAAGAGAAGCCCCGGGAGCAGAAGCUCCAGGCAGCGACGAAGUCCCAGCUAUGCUCGCUAUAGUCCUAUCAGGUACCACUCGCUUGUGCUGUGUCCAGUGCUCCCAUCUUACCAUCCACACACUUCUCAUCCAGGAUCUCCAUCAUUCAUUCAUUCAUUCAUUCAUUGACUAUAUAUACCACCCUAUACCUGGGGGUCACAGGGUGGUUGCGGAAUGAUGUUUGAAGGCUCUGUAGAUGGUUGCAAGAGAUUUGACAUUAGCAGAUAUUUAAGAGAUAGGAAGGACUUGGAGAUAGGAGUUGGUGGGCAGUAAAUCUGAGGAUGUUGUUAAGAGGUUAUUAACAGAAGAUAUGAGAGUCUUCUUUCCCAGGUCAACUAAUCUAGGGUUGCCAUAUUCCAGGGAUCAAAAACCCAGACCCUCACCACCACCACUGGGGAAAGCCCCACCCCACCCCACAUUUCCCUUGCUCACUCACCCCCUCCCUGCCGCUAGCUCCUUCCUCACCCACCUGCUUCCCCCCCCCCUUCUGCCCUCCCCUCUCUUACCUUUGCUGUCUUUGGCCUCCUCAUCAUUAUGGGAGACUGAGCAUCCCCUGGAAGGUCACGCAAGGUCAUGCAAGACCAGGUGAGCGCCAGGACCAGCACGGUUCCUAAUGCAGCCCCAAGAAAACCACACAAGGCCUGGCGGUGUCCAGGAACAACACCAGGCCUAGGGCAGACUUCAGACAAGGGCUGGGGGAGGUGUUCAGUUUUCUUUGCAUUUUAAUUUGCGAACUGUAGUGGUACCUCGGGUUACAGACGCUUCAGGUUACAGACGCUUCAGGUUACAGAUUCCACUAACCCAGAAAUAGUACCUCGGGUUAAGAACUUUGCUUCAGGAUGAGAACAGAAAUUGAGCGGUGGCGGUGCAGCGACAGCGGGAGGCUCCAUUAGCUAAAGUGGUACCUCAGGUUAAGAACAGUUUCAGGUUAAGAACGGACCUCCAGAACGAAAUAAGUUCUUAACCUGAGGUACCACUGUACCAAAUUUGCACUUCUCAAUGAGGAAGAAGGUAGACAUCAUGGCUCAUAGCCUGAUCUUCCACAAAUUUGUCUAACCCUCUUUUAAAGCCAUCCAAGCUGGUGGCCCUCAUCGCUGCCUCCAGUGGCAGAGUGUUCCAUAGUUCAAUAGAAGUCCUUUCUUUUAUGUGUCUUGAAUCUUCCGACACUCAGCUUCAUUGGAUGGCCACAAGUUCUAGCAUUCUGAGAGGGGGAGAAAAGCUUCAAUGUAUGCCUGUGUUUGUUUGUUGCUUAGAAUAAUAAUAAUAAUAAUAAUAAUAAUAAUAAUAAUAACAACAACAACAACAACAAUAAAUUUUAUUUAUAUCCCGCCCUCCCCAGCUGAAGCCGGGCUCAGGGCGGCUAACAACAAUAAAAUAGUGCAACAUUCUAAAAACAUUUCAUUAUAAAAAAUAAUUAAAAUCAAAUUGAUGGCAACCAUUGGGCUAGAGUUCUGUGACGAUUGCCAAAGGAGGGAGUCAGGCUGUGCCCUGGCCAAAGGCCUAGUGGAACAGCUCUGUCUUGCAGGCCCUGCGGAAAGAUGUCAGGUCUCACAGGGCCCUAGUCUCUUGUGACAGAGCGUUCCACCAGAUUGGAGCCGCAGCCGAAAAUGUCCUGGCUCUAGUUAAGACCAGCCUAACCUCUCUGUGGCCUGGGACCUCCAGGAUGUUUUUAUUUGAAGACCGUAAGUUCCUCUGUGGGACAUACCAGGAGAGGCAGUCCCGUAGGUAUGAGGGUCCUAGGCUGUAUAGGGCUUUGAAGGUUAAAACCAGCACCUUAAACCUGAUCCUGUACUCCACCGGGAGCCAGUGCAGCUGGUAUAGCACCGGGUGAAUGUGAUCUCGCAGCAAAGACCCCGUAAGGAGUCUCGCUGCGGCAUUCUGCACCCGCUGGAGUUUCUGGGUCAGUCUCAAGGGCAGCCCCACAUAAUAAUCCAGUCUGGAGGUGACCGUUGCGUGGAUCACAGUGGCUAGGUCAGGGCGAGAGAGGUAAGGAGCCAACUGCUUAGCUUGGCGGAGAUGAAAAAAUGCCGCCUUUGUUAUAGCUGUAAUCUGCGCCUCCAUAGAAUAUUGUCAGUCACUUUGAGUUGCCGCGGCAAAAAAAAAAAAAAGGCGACUGACAAAUCCAGUAUAUAACAAGAACUUGUGUAUCUGCCUGAGCUAAGAUAAGCUGUGUGUGUGUGUGUGUAAUUUUUAUUAAAUUUUCUGUUUUACAGUUUAAAGUACUCAUUUUUACAUCCUUCAAAUAUCAAUGACUUCCUUUCUUCUUUCCAUGGUUCAUUUUACAUAUCAUAUAUCCCUGCAUAUUUACAGAAACUAUACCAUUCAGUAUUCCAUUACUACAUCCAUCAUAACUUAUUUACACUGUUGAAUUUUUCUUAGUGCUUCCAGUGUUUUCAGCUGUACACAGUUAUUUCCCAUAUGUUCAAUAAACGUUUUCCAGUCUUCUCUAAAUGUAUGUUCUUCUUAUUUUCUUAUUCUAUAUGUUAAGUCUGCAAGUUGUGCAUAUUCUGUCAACUUAAGUUGCCAUUCUUCUUUGGUUGGGACCUUGUUCAUUUUCCAUUUUUGGGCUAACAAAACACGGGCUGCAGUAGUGGCAUACAUAUAUAACCUUUUUUGACACCUGGGAAAUUCAGUCUUAAUUAUCCCCAACAGAAAGGAUUCUUGGUUUUUGGGGGGAAAGUACUUUUAAACAUUUUUUUCAAUUCAUUAUGGAUCAUUUCCCAAUACUCUUUUACCCUUUUACAAGCCCACCACAUAUGAAAGAACAUUCCCUCAACCUCUUUUGCAUCUCCAGUACUUACUAAGAUAAGCAUGGUUGAUCAUCCAUGGGAUUAUCUUUUUUUCUCAGGGACCGUGAACGAGAUCACAAGUACAGGUCCAGUGGGAAGGAGUCUCACAGGCACCGUGACCGCCGACGCCGCAAACAGUCAUAUUCACCCAUGAGGAAGCGGAGAAGAGAUUCCCCCAGCCAUCUGGAAGCCCGACGCAUAACAAGGUGAGCUAGGACUGUCCCAGAGGUAAAAAAAGAAGAAAACUGUCCUUCUCAGCUGCUGUCAAGGUGAUCAAACCACCUUGAAAGGUUGGAUGUCAGGGCUGAGCUGCUACCCACUUGGGAAUUACACCUCAAAAGGCAUAAAAAUACGAGAACAGUCUGCUAAAAGGUAAAGGUAAAGGACCCCUGGAUGGUUAAGUCCAGUCAAAGGUGACUAUGGGGUUGCGGCGUUCAUCUCGCUUUCAGGCCAAGGGAGCCAGUGUUUGUCCACAGACAGCUUUCCUGGUCAUGUGGCCAGCAGGACUAAACCACUUCUGGCGCAACGGAACACCGUGCUGGAAACCAGAGUGCACAGAAGCGCAGUUUACCUUCCCGCUGCAGUAGUACCUAUUUAUCUACUUGCAGUGGUCUGCUUUUGAACUGCUAGGUUGGCAGGAGCUGGGACAAAGCAACGGGAGUUCACCCCGCUGUGGGGAUUCGAACCACCGACCUUCUGAUUGUGGGAAUGUUCAGGGAUGCAGGAGAGGAUAUAUUGUCUGAUUAUAUCCUUUUCCAACAAGUUCCACAAUUUAGCAGAGUAACAUUCCCCUUUUUAAACUCACGGCAGAUGUGUUUGCUCAGGCUCGCUAAAGCCUCUAUAAUAACUGUUCUGGUAUUUUCCCCUUAUUCCCUCAUAUAAGAUAAGACAUGACACAGUCUUCUAUAAAAGUAUAAAAAGGUUUACUCACAUAUCAUUCUGUUCACAAUAGGAUCCCAGAAGGCAGACUUAGCUUAGAAAAGUAACAUACACUUGGAAACUAUUCCGUAAGAAGUCAGUCCCUUUGUCCUCUCUUGGCUGGAGCCAAGAGAGCAUCUUUGGCUAAGCAGAUGUUGCUUCUUCGAUGCAUGUAGUGAAAGAGAGAGAGAUUGCUGCCCUGCCCUGUGCUUUUGUCAUUUCCUGCACAGGUGAGGCCACACCCACCUCUAGUCACAUGCAGAGGAAGUCUGUCCCAGCCCAGAAGGAAACAGGAAGUUUACCUGCUGGCUGGACAAACAUUCCUCCCCAUGUGUAAACAUGUUCACUCUAGGAAUGUUGUACUUGACUGCUCUUGUGUUUCACAUCCCACACUGAUCAGCAAGCCCAAGCGGCUCAGUGUUUUAGACCACAGUGCCACCCGCUAUAUCAGGCCAGAGACCUAUCCAGCAGGGCAUCCUCUUCCCACAGUGGCCACCCAGAUGCCUAGGGAAGCCCACAAGCAGGGACUGAACCCAAGAACACUCUCCCCUCCUCUGGUUUCCAGCAACUGGUAUUCAGAAGUGUACUGCCUCUAACUGGGGAGGUAGUGUAGAAAGACUGGCUUAGGACUGGGACAUGCCAAGUUCAAAUCCCUACCUAGCUAUGAAAAUCAAUGGGUGAUUCGGGGCCAGUCAGUGCCAAUUUACCUAAUUUACUUCACAGGGUUGUUGCAGACCCUCCGAGUGUCCCUAUUUUCCAGUCCUGGAUUUACAAAAGCCAUCCCGGUUUCUGAUUUGAUCCCGGAAUGUCCCGCUUCUCCUUAGCACAUCCCUAUUUUCAUCAGAGAAAUAUUGGAGGGUAUGGAGUUAUGUGACCUUCAAUACAAGGAGAUAACUACACAACCUUUAGAAGACAUCUGAUGGCAGCUCUGCAUAGGGAUAUUUUUUAAUGUUUAAUGUUUUUAUAUGUAUGUUGGAAGCUGCCCAGAGUGGCUGGGGCAACCCAGUCAGAUGGGCGGGGUAUAUUAUAUUAUUAUUAUUAUUAUUAUUAUUAUACAGGACAUCCCUAUUUUUAUCAGCAAAAUGUUGGAGGGUAUGUUGCUAUGAGGGUGAGAUAGAAAUGCAGUAAAAUAUAUAUUGACAGCACUGAACUAAAUUUGCGUCAAAUUUUGCCCUAUUGCAGGUUGCAAAGAUUUUGA